AUGACGCUGGGCCCGCAGCGGGACUCGAUUUCACUAUCGAGAGAGGAGGGGCUACAGCGAUUCACGAUUGUGUUGCUGGUGUACAAGGCACCCCGCUCCACAGCAAACACGCUGCGCAGUCUAGCAACCAGUGGGCUAGUGUACUACCCCAGGUUCCACGAGGUGCUUAUCUACAAGCAAAUGCUGGACCCGACCCGCGUGGCGGCGGAGGAGAAGCAGUUUGCCGACCUUGUGUGGAAUGGGAGCAGCAACACCGCUUCGACAAAUCGGCGACUGCGUGUCAUUGGAAGCGAGAAGAAUGUACCGGUGCCGGAGGCGAUGGCCGCGGCGGUGCGGGCAGUGGAGACGGAGUACGUGCUGUACGUCGAGUGCGACAGGCCGGUGUACACAUUUCCGUUUGGCGUGGGCGGAGCUGCCGCUGUAGGCGUUCGAGCCACGAGCACCACUGAAGAAGCGGUGCGCUCGUACGUCGCCUCUAUUUUGAGCGUAGCGCUUCAGUACCUCGAUGAGAAUCGUGCGCAUGUGUUUAGACUGCAACUGUACGCUUCACCACUUAUCCGCAAUGCUUCGCUGCCGCUGAGGCCGCCGCCGCCGCCACCGCCAUUCCCUUUCACUGCCGGACCACGCGCGCGGAAGCAACUGACAGCGGAGGGGCUUCCGCUGGAAAUGUACGGAACAACACCGUAUGAGUACUGCCACUUCUCCCCGCGACUUAACGAUCCAUCAGGAUUCUGCAUGCAGAGUGCGAAAUAUCGGGCAAGGUAUGGCUCAACAUUCAACAUGGCGUAUUGUGGGCACUGGCGGCGCUUCAUUGACGGCGAGCACCGCCACUCAAGCCUCUGCGACGCGCUGUGCGCCAAAGAGUGGAUUACAGCAGUAAAGGGAGACCAACGUGUCUCAGAAGAAAUAAAGGUUUCCCCCUUGUGGCAAUUCUUUGAGGACGCACGCCGUACUGCUGAUGCUGAUGACUCUGUGAGCGGAUUGGUGACCGGAAACAACAACCCCACCCGCGCCGAGCCAUUCAUUUUACGGCUGCAUGGGGUAGAUGCGAGCAAUACGUCGACACCGCACGGCUUCGCACACAACAUCCUCUGCUUCCCCUCCUCAUUGUGCAACUGGACGAACCAGCCGGCACUAUACCGGCGUUCGUGGUUUCUCAAGUUCGUAGCCGCGCGAUGUUUGGCAGGAAAACGACUCUGCGUUGGCCUCCCAGGCCGCGGCUCCGCGGCGUUGCUGGAGCGCUUUGUGACGGAACUUCGUCCGUGGCGACAUAGUGCCGUUCGCAUUUGUCUAACAGACGGUCUGUUCAUUCAUAACGAAAUUGACAACUAG